CACCUUGUCAUUCGUGGCGAAAACGCGUCCAGAAUUUUACGGAUCCGAGCUGCAGCCACCAGGGCUAUGCGAGAGCACUUCUAUCAUGCUGGUUAUACGGAGAUAUGCCCACCUACCUUGGUGCAGACACAAGUAGAAGGAGGAUCAACACUUUUUGGUCUGGACUACUUCGGAGAGCCGUCGUACCUGACGCAGUCUUCGCAGCUAUACCUAGAGACAUGUAUCGCUUCUCUAGGAGACGUUUAUUGUAUAGCGCAAUCUUAUCGCGCUGAGAAAUCACGUACACGUCGUCAUUUGGCAGAAUAUGCCCAUGUGGAAGCAGAAUGCGCUUUUAUCACCUUUGACGAGCUCAUGGAUAGGAUUGAAGACAUCGUAUGCGAUACGGUGGAUCGGCUGAUGGCUGAUCCACACGUGAAGCCGCUCAUCGAGUUUGUAAACCCUAACUUUAAACCUCCACAAAGACCUUUUCUUCGCAUGACGUACUCAGACGCGAUCAAAUGGCUAAUUGAGCAUGAUGUUCGUAAUGAGUAUGGCGAGAAGUUUGUACAUGGUGAAGAUAUUGCAGAAGCAGCAGAGAGGAAAAUGACAGAUACGAUUGGAGUGCCUAUUUUGUUGCACAAAUUCCCGGCUGGCAUCAAAGCAUUCUAUAUGUCUCGGUGUAAGGACGAUGAUACGCUUACUGAGUCAGUUGAUCUUCUCAUGCCUGGUGUUGGUGAGAUAGUAGGUGGAUCUAUGCGUAUGUGGCAUGAAGAAGACCUGCACAAAGCUUUUACAGCAGCUGGUAUCGAUCCUAAGAACUAUUACUGGUACACUGAUCAAAGAAAGUAUGGAACGGUGCCCCAUGGUGGCUAUGGUUUAGGACUGGAACGCUUUAUCUGUUGGUUAACAAACACUUACCACAUAAGAGAUGUUUGCUUAUAUCCACGAUUUAUUGGAAGAUGUGCACCAUAA